CGUUCCGAAUUUCCCCACAAUGCUUUAGUGAACGUCGAAACAACGUGAGGCGAAAUCUGGCUAACAACAAUUUUCCAACAACAGGAAAACUCCUCUCUGGUACUUUAGAGCUGUGAGAAAUUGUAUUCUGUAGCCCAGCGGAGACAGACAGCCAAUCAGGAUGUCUCUAGCAGACGAGCUCCUGGCGGACCUGGAGGAGGAGGCUCCGGAGAACGAGGAGAAGGAGAUGGAGGAUGUGGAGGAGGUUACCAUGGAGAUGGAAGUGAAGCAGGAUGGGAUAGCCUCCAUCGCCAAGCUGCGAGACUCGCAGCAGUUAAAGCACGUCAUGAAGCAGAUCGACCACUACACAAGCAGCGGGUUCAGAGACGAAAUGGUUGGACCAGUAGAAGCUGACCCAGAGUACCAGCUGAUUGUGGAAGCUAACAACCUCACUGUGGAGAUUGAGAAUGAGAUCAACAUCAUUCACAAGUUUGUCCGUGACAUCUACUCUAAACGGUUUCCUGAGCUGGAGUCCCUUGUUCCCAUGGCUCUAGACUACAUCAGGACAGUCAGGGAGAUUGGCAAUGAUCUGGAAAAGACAAAGAACAAUGAGGUCCUCCCAACCAUCCUGACUAAUGCCACAAUCAUGGUGGUUAGUGUCACGGCCUCCACCACUCAAGGGUCCAUCCUGUCAGCUGAUGAUCUGACUGACAUCAACGAAGCCUGUGACAUGGCUGUGGACCUGAAUGCAGCCAAGCUGAAGAUCUAUGAAUAUGUGGAGUCCAGAAUGUCCUUCAUUGCUCCAAACCUGUCCAUCAUUGUGGGAGCAUCCACAGCAGCAAAACUCAUGGGUGUGGCUGGAGGCCUGACUGCUCUCUCCAAGAUGCCGUCCUGUAACGUUCUGGUUCUCGGGGCCCAGAAGAGAACACUAGCCGGCUUCUCCUCUACGGCAAUCAUGCCCCACACAGGCUUCAUCUACUACAGUGAACAGGUGCAGAAUAUGCCUGCGGAUCUAAGAAAAAAGGCCGCCCGUCUGGUAUCAGCCAAGUGCACCCUGGCGGCGAGGGUGGACAGUUUCCACGAGUCGGCCAGCGGCGUGGUGGGAAGCAACCUGAAGGACGAGAUCCAGAAGAAGCUGGACAAGUGGCAGGAGCCUCCUCCCGUCAAACACGAGAAGCCGCUACCCGCGCCCAUCGACCCGGGGAGGAAGAAACGGGGAGGGCGGCGGUACAGGAAGAUGAAGGAGAGGCUGGGGAUGACGGAGUUUAGAAAACAGGCCAAUAGAAUGCAGUUUGCAGAGAUUGAAGAGGAUGCAUACCAGGAUGACCUGGGUUUCUCGUUAGGCAUGGUUGGAAAAGGAGGAACAGGCAGAGUCCGUGGGCCACAGGUGGACAACAAGACACAAGUCAAGAUCUCCAAGACACUACAGAAAAACCUACAAAAGCAGCAGGUAUAUGGUGGAAGAACAACAUACGCAGGAAAGAUUAGCUAUGGUGGGAGAUCAACUGUUCGAGGGCAGGUGUCAGGAACAGCUUCCAGUGUAGCCUUCACUCCGCUACAGGGCUUGGAGAUUGUGAACCCGAAUGCAGCAGAGAAGAAAAUCACCGACAAGCAGGGCAAAUAUUUCUCCAGCACAACCGGCUUCGUCAAGGUGGAACAGGAAGGCAUGCCCAAAUGAUGCUCGCAGGACGUUUAGCUUUUUUGUAUUUUAUUUUUUAAAUGUCUGAGCCUUUAUUAGUUCUCUCUAGCCAAAGCAGGCAAUAUUAGGUAGAAGGUUUUUUUCCUAUUUUGGUAUGCUCGUGUGAGCUUACAGAUACAGUUUGCGACAACAAUAUUUAUAUAACUGUAAAUAGUUUGCUAAUAAAGAAACUGGCCAAAGACAGACCCGGAUGGAAGGAAAAAUUCAUGACCUUAUGUCUCACAAGGGAUGGAAAGGAUAAGUAAUUAGUAAAUGAAUAGUUUGGGAACUUGAUAAAGAAAUGAAUAUUGCAACAAAAAUUUAUUGCCCCUAUGUACUUGCUCCUAUGUACUUAGCAUCAUACCAUCAUUACAGUCUGGAAUCAAAUUUUUUUUUGUUUCUUCUUGUGAAAAGGAUCUUGUGAUUUGGAGAAGAAUGAAGACUAUAUAAGACUAAAGACUGUAUAAGAAUAAGACUUUUCAUGUGCAACAAUUACACAGUGUUUUAGUCUCUAAAUGGUGAGAAUUGCUGCCAACUAGUCUGGUAUGACUUUUACUUAGAACUAGCUCAGUUUGUUUCAUCAUUGAUGGUAUUAAAUGACAGACAUCUCUCAAAUUUAUUAUUGGACCUUCCUGUAUACUUUUUUUAUAUACAGUACAUGUAUGUGAGUCACUGACUUUUAUAAAGCAACAGUGUAAAAAGCAUGUCUUCGGUGAUUCAUAUCUUUAAUAGCUGCUGAUAUACCAGUUGUACAUAUGUCAGUGGCAUGGUCAUGUUAAUUUGUAUAUGCCUAAUUUUUAAGACUGUACCUAAUUUUUGUCUGGCAAUGAAUUCAUAUUUCUUAUUGGGAACCUUUCCAUAAGAAUAGUACACUCUGUUUGUUUAGUUUCCUUUCCAUUAUUAUUUGAAGAAUAGAUGCCUAACUACCAAGGUCAUGUACAGUCAACUUCAAGGACAGAUUAAAGACAGUCCUUAUUAUAGUACUCAGUGUGUAUUUUUGUUUAACUGAUCAAGCUCGUAAAAUUACAGCUGGCAAGAGAGGAAGAAAUUGUACAUGGUUUAGAUUUUCUCGGAAUUAGGCCAAAAUAUAACAUUAGAUAUAACGUUAGUAUAGUUUCCAAAACAGGCAUUGUUUCCAUGUGAUUGCUUGUGUCUUUCAUUUUUCAGAGGCAUUAAAAAUGGCCA